AUGUCGGUACCGCAACAAGUCAGAGUCGGCGUGGUGGGAGCGGGCGAAGUGUCGCAGGUGGUGCAUCUGCCAACGCUCCAGUUGCUAUCGGAUCAAUACACAGUAUUGGCCAUCUGCGACGUCUCGCGCCAGGCAGCAGAGCAUGUGGCCGCCAAAUGGAACGUCGCUCACGUCUACACUCGGAGCUCGGACAUGGUACAACGCGAAGAUAUCGAUCUCGUGCUGGUUGCCAACAGCGACGAGUACCAUGCGUCGUGUGCUAUCGAGGCGGCCAAGGCGGGCAAGCAUGUCUUUAUCGAGAAGCCUAUGGCACUCACACGCUCCGAUGCACAAGCGAUACAACGCGCAGCUCACGAGAAUCAACGCAAGAUCUUUGUCGGCUACAUGCGGCGCUAUGCACCUGCUUUCCAGCUCUUCCAAGAGCUUCUUGCCGAGUCGGGCCCCAUCCGUCAUGCAAUUGUCAAGGACAUCAUAGGUCCCAACUCGUUCUUCGUCUCGCAAUCCGGCACCAAUUCAAGAAAGUUCAGCGCCGACAUCCCGGAAAAGGAUGGCGAGGACAAGGCUGCACGAGCCAAAGCGAUGCUGCAAGAGGCGAUUGGCUCACGCAAGGCGACCGAUGCUCGACUCGGAGCUGUCUAUCGCUUGCUCGGAUCGUUGGGAAGUCACGACCUCAGCUUCAUGCGUGAAGCUUUGGGAGGCAAGCCGGACCGGUGUCUUUCUGCGUUUGCUAGCCAGGAUGGCAUGUUCAUUUCGGCUUCGUUCGAGUAUACCAACCAGGGCGCACACAAGGGCACCGACAAGUACAACGUGCUCUACACCACAGGUCUUCACAAUGUCGGCGUGUUCGAGUCGUUCUUGGAAGUCUUUACCGACGACCGUGUGUUGCGGAUCGACAUCGACACGCCUUACGUCAAAGGAUUGCCCAUCAAUGUGACAGUCAAGGAGAACGACGACAAGGGUCACUACUCGGAGCGCAUCAUUCGAAGCACCUAUCAGGAUGCAUACACCACCGAAUUUCUUGAUCUGCACCAGGCACUGAGUACUGGCCAAGAUCUCAAGACAACGCCGCAGGACGCCAUAGAGGACCUUGACAUUUUCGACAUGAUCAUGAGCCAUCUUGAAGCCUAG